AUGAAGUACGGCAUCUGCGAUGAGGACGUCUAUAACUUUGACGAGGCUGGCUUUAUGAUAGGCAAGAUCACGACUCAGCUCGUCGUGACUAGGUUAGAGAGGAGAGGCCGGCUAAAGGCUGUUCAACCAGGCAAUCGCGAGUAG